AUGUCGGCAAAGACCGCCAGCGCCGCCCUCGAGGCCAAGCCCGCCCCCGCCGACAAGCGUCAGUCGGAGCUCGACCGCGCCGCCCUCGAGGCCCUCGAACUCGACUCGGAUGAGAUCACCUCGGUCCGCCUCGACGGCCUCGCACUCACAAAGAUUGUCAAGCACUGCAGGGACGCCCACCCCGCCGCCGCUUCCGGCACCCUUCUCGGCAUGGACCUCGGCGGAACCCUCGAGGUCUCCAACGUAUUUGCCCUCCCCAACCCCGGGCGAGGAGGCGACAGGGACGAGGACGACGACCGCGCCAGCAGGAACGCCACGCGGUACACGAGCGACAUGGUCCGACUGCUGCGCGACGUCAACGCCGACGCCAACCCCGUCGGCCUCUACCAGGGCUGCUUCCUGGGUGCCUUCCUCAACUCGUCGGUCGUCGACGGCCUCGCCGCCAUCGCCGGCCUGAUGGAGCGUGAGGGCGCCAGCGGCAAGGGCAAGGGCGUCCUCAUCGUCCACGACCUCGCCCAGUCGGCCCAGGGCAACACCUCGGUCAAGGCCUACCGCCUCUCGCCGUCGUUUAUCGAGGCCCACCGGGCUGGCAAGUUCCACACUCAGAGCCUCAUCGACCACAAGCUCACCUUUGCCAACGUCCUCGUCGAGAUCCCCGUCGCGCUCCGAAACACUGCGCUCCUCGACGCCUUCCUCAGCAGCAUCUCCACCCCCUCAGCCCCCGCGCCGUCAAUUGUGCCUCCCUCGACGUCGGAGCUGCUCGUCAACCCGCCCACCGCCGCCCUCGGGCCCUCGCACACGUCUCUCAACCUCGCCCUCGAGCCCGUCCUCGCAUCUUCGCUCGAGGCGACGCUCGAGAUCCUCGAGGAGCACGCCGCCGAGGCGGGCAACGUCGGCUUCCAGGCGCGACAGCUGGCAAGGGAGAAGGCCAAGGCCGAGGCCUACCUCGCGCGGAAGAAGGCCGAGAACGCUUCGCGAGAGGCCCAGGGGCUCGCCCCGCUCCCCAUCGAGGACGUCAACCGACUCUUCAAGAUCCCCGCCGAGCCCAGCCGUCUCGAGACGACAUUGCUCCUCGGACAGCUCGACAGCUCGGCGAGGCGCCUCGCCGAGACGGCCGCCGUCGGCGCUGUCCAGCUCCACGCCGCCAGGACCGGCGCCGCCUGA